AGUUAGCUCCCUUGAAUUCUUAGUCGCCUAAACGUUUUAUUGUGCCAUGCAAUUGAAAAUUUAAGCGUCUGAAGGAUAGGAAAAGAACAACACAUUGCGCAAUAUUUUUCCGAAUAUUGACUAAAUUUUACAAUGGUUUUCUUUUUCACUUGUAACAUUGUGUCACCACCCUAUUUAAUGUAUAUGGGUCUAGACAAAAAUGAAAAUGAAGAUUUGAUACGUUGGGGAUUUCCAGAAGAUGUUUGGUUUCAUGUUGACAAAGUAUCAUCUGCUCAUGUUUAUCUAAGAUUACAUGCUGGUGAAUCUUUAGAUGAUGUACCUCAAAUUGUGAUAGAUGAAUGUGCUCAACUUGUCAAAGCAAACAGUAUACAAGGUAACAAGAUGAACAAUGUAGAUGUAGUAUACACAAUGUGGGAUAAUCUCAAGAAAACAGCUGGCAUGGAUGUAGGACAAGUGGGUUUCCAUAAAAACAAAGAAGUGAGAAAAGUUAGAGUAGAAAAAAGAAUAAAUGAAAUAGUAAAUAGACUAAAUAAAACAAAAGAAGAAAAAUUUCCCGAUCUCCGAACGUUACGAGAGGAUAGAGACCGCGAGGAACGUGAAGAUCAGAGACAUAAAUUACAAGACAUGAAAAAACGAGAAAAGGAAGAAAUGGAGAGAAAAGAAAAAGAAAGAGAACAAAGAUCCUACUCAAAUUUGAUGACAGAAGACAGAAUGACCUCUAAUAAGGAUGGCGGAAAUGAUUCGGAUGAUUUUAUGUAAUAAACAUGUUGCCUGACAACUGUGAUACCAUCAUAUCCUGUAUGUUAACAGACUGUCAAUCCUUUUAAAUCUUAAUGAAACAUAAACCAGUCUGUGCAGACAAGUCAAAAUACAUUUUGUGCCAGCAGAAGUUUUGAAUAUGAGCAUUCAUAUAAACUUGAGUUUUCAAAGAUCUUACCUCAAUUAUAAUAUUAUAUUGAAAGAUUGUACAUGUAUUACUAAAUCAAUUUCUUAAUGUAGUGACAAGGGCAGAUACGUUUAAAAUUGUGCUGAAUUUUUACUUACAGAGAACUAGAUUUGAGCAUUUCUUAUUUUAUCAUUUACACACAAGCAUGCAUGCACACACACAUGCCUGUUUGUAGAUGAAUAAAAUAGAAAUGCUUUAGUCAUUAUAAAAAUAUAUUACUUGCCAUAGAAAACUAGUUAGAAAAAUCAUAUUUAUGUAUGUGUGGUUAAAGUGACCUUCAGCUUUUGUUUUUGUUGGAAAAACCAUUCUGUGUUGUUUCAAACUAAGUAUUUCAGUAAUUUUAUCUUAAAAAAGUUGAUCAUAUCAUUGUUAGGUUUUUUUUACAAAACAGCAUUCCGAGAGCUAUUUAUAGGGCAUCAGUGAUGUUAGUUGCUAAAAAUAGAAGAUUGGGAAACAAAUUGUCCACAGUUGAACUACAAAUGGAUCACCAUCUAAGAAUUUUUAUAUAGUUCAUACACAAAAUGUACGUAAAGUCACAUCAUAUUACUUGAAACCUAGCAAAAUAUCGUUAUCAUUAACUAACAACAAUUACAUAGGGAUAUAUGUACGUCACUUCCGGUUAGAGAUUGCACCUGCAUAACGAUUAGCAACUCUUACCUCUGUGUGAUUGGUAAUACUAAGGCAAUUGCCGAUGAUUUAAUGCUUAAAUUAUGAAAAAUAACUCACUUAAGUUUGUUCUUCAUGAUCAAAUAUGAAAACUAGUACGAAAAUAUGACCACUCACCUUUAAUUUACUUAUAGAGAGUGGAAAUUUCCGAAAUUACAAGCUCAAAGGAGUUUCCUUAUUGUUUAUAUUUUAUUGUAGGCAAAUUUCAUUUUGCACCUUAGUUCUUUUAAUUUGACAAUUAUAUAUUAUAAUAUAAUUAUAUGUACAUGUAUAAUGGUUUAUCUUAUAACAACAUAUUUAACCUUUAGAAAAGCUGAAGACUGCUUUAACAAAGCUGAAUUUUAUCAUUCAUAUUCUGUAUUGCGCAGCAAACUUGUGUGUAAAUAUGAUACAUAGAAAUGUAAUUGUAUUUGUGAUAAGUAAGUGAAAUAUGUGCACUUUUUUAGAUCUUUGGAUGUUGUUUUUUAAUGAGAUAAGAGUGUGUUUUGUGUAAUUAUAAUGCAGAAACAACAAGCUCAAAGUUUGAAAACAGCCAAUUUUAAGAAACAAUUGCCAUAAACUUUUGUAAUUUGUUUAAUGUAAAUGAAUAAAACUAUAAAAUUCUUA